AUGGGCAUCUACCAGAUGUACUUGUGCUUCCUGCUGGCUGUGCUGCUGCAGCUGUACGUGGCCAUGGAGGCCAUCCUCAUCACUCUGGUCGGGGCCACGCCGUCGUACCACUGGGACCUGGCAGAGCUCCUGCCGAAUCGGAGCCAGGGCAACCAGUCGGCUGGUGAAGACCAGGCCUUUGGGGACUGGCUCCUGACAGCCAACGGCAGCGAGAUCCAUAAGCAUGUGCAUUUCAGCAGCAGCUUCACCUCCAUCGCCUCUGAGUGGUUUUUAAUUGCCAACAGAUCUUACAAAGUCAGUGCGGCAAGCUCUUUUUUCUUCAGUGGUGUGUUUGUUGGAGUUAUCUCUUUUGGUCAGCUUUCAGAUCGCUUCGGAAGGAAAAAAGUCUAUCUCACAGGUUUUGCUCUUGACAUCUUAUUUGCUAUUGCAAAUGGAUUUUCCCCUUCGUAUGAGUUUUUUGCAAUAACUCGAUUCCUGGUGGGCGUGAUGAAUGGAGGGAUGUCACUGGUGGCCUUUGUCUUGCUGAACGAAUGCGUGGGCACCGCCUACUGGGCACUUGCAGGAUCGAUUGGUGGCCUCUUCUUUGCAGUUGGCAUCGCCCAAUAUGCCCUGUUAGGAUACUUCAUUCGCUCCUGGAGGACCCUAGCUGUUCUGGUUAACCUGCAGGGAACAGUGGUCUUUCUCUUAUCUUUAUUCAUUCCUGAAUCACCUCGUUGGUUAUACUCCCAGGGUCGACUGAGUGAGGCCGAAGAGGCACUGUACCUCAUUGCCAAGAGGAACCGCAAGCUCAAGUGCACGUUCUCGCUAACACACCCGGCCAACAGGAGCUGUAAGGAGACUGGAAGUUUCCUGGAUCUCUUCCGUUACCGGAUCCUCUUAGGACACACUCUGAUCCUGAUGUUCAUCUGGUUUGGCCGGAAACGGACGUUAGCAGCAUUUCUGUGCCUAGGAGGACUGGCUUGUCUUAUUGUAAUGUUUCUUCCAGAAAAGAAAGACACAGGUGUGUUUGCAGUGGUGAACAGCCAUUCCUUGUCCUUGCUGGGGAAGCUGACGAUCAGUGCCGCCUUUAACAUUGUUUAUAUCUACACCUCUGAGCUUUACCCUACGGUCAUCAGGAAUGUUGGGCUUGGAACCUGUUCCAUGUUCUCCCGAGUUGGUGGGAUUAUUGCACCCUUCAUCCCCUCACUGAAAUAUGUGCAGUGGUCUUUGCCCUUCGUUGUCUUUGGAGCCGCCGGCCUGACCUCGGGCCUCCUAAGUUUGUUAUUGCCAGAAACCCUUCACAGUCCGUUGCAGGAGACGUUUUCCGACCUUCAGGUGUAUUCAUAUCGCAGGCUGGGGGAGGAAGCGUUAUCUCUGCAGACCUUGGAUCCUCCACAGUGUGCGGACAAGGAAAGCAUUUUAGGGAGUGAAAGUGAAGAAGAGGAAGAAUUUUACGAUGCAGAUGAAGAGACUCAGAUGAUCAAGUGA